UUUUCAUUUCCCGACCUCGAAGUCGUCUGAAAUCGAGCCGAGUGCUGAUUUGAAGUCUAGUAGUCACGGGUGUGAGUGAGCUCACCGCCAGAGGGACGUCAGGAUGUGGAAUGGCCCACGGCAAGGCCCAGGCCCAAGGGGAGGCGGCCCACCUUUUGGUGGAAAUCCAAGGGGGGACAUGUUCGAGGGCAGAGAUGGACCCAUGCCUGACUUCAGAGGCAGAGAUGGGAGCAUGAAUAUGAACAUGAAUAUGAAUAUGAACAUGGGUAACAGGCCGGGUCAGGAUCGUCCCCCGAUAGACAUGAGACGUUUUGACGGCCCUGGCCCAGGGCCAGGCCCUCAAGACAUGAGGGGAGGCCCUAACAUGGACCGCAACAUGGACAUGCGUGGCGGUGGUGGUGGUGGUGGCCGCGGCGGCGGUGGUGGUGGUGGUGGUGGGAGGGAUGGCCAAAGGGAGCCCUUCAGACAGGGAGAGGAGCCGGACAUGAGCCUCAGGAGACAGUACGAGAUGGAGAUCAGGAGCAAACUGCAGAAUUCCGGAAACUUCUCUGGUCCAGGCCGUCCCCAAAUGGACAUGGAUGGAAGAGAUAUGCAGGGAGGAAACAUGAGAGACGGGAGGUUCAUGGGCGACAUGAGGGAUAGGCCCAUGGACAGGCCCGGGUUCAACAACCCAAUGGACCAGAGGAGACCAGGUGAACCGAUGGGUAGAAAUGACAAUUUUAGAGAUAUGCGUGACAGGGACGGACCUCGAAUGGGCAUGGAUGACAACAAUGGUUUCAGAAUGGACAUGCCCCAGCCUGGCCGAGGGAUGAUGGACUUUGAUCGAAGAGGUGGGAUGUUUCAAAUGAGUAACAGGGGGAGGUUUGAGUCAGACAUGGAUAUGAGAAAUCGCAUGGGACCCUCUGGUGAAUUUAGAGACAGGGACCGAUCUCCCGGCAGAUUUGGAGAUAAAGACAGAAUGCCCAUGGAUACGAGAGGGAGGCAAGAUAAGUCUUCUGAACCAGACGGGUCGCAAUUCAGGCAUGGAGAUACUCUCAGAGAUCGAGAAUUCCCAGAGGAGUUGGAUGACGAAGCCGGACUCGGGGGCCGGUCUCUGUCAGAUGAAUGGCGAAAUAACAAUGCGGCAAAAGAAAGGGGUCCUUUCCCAGACAUGAUGAACAGGGGACCUCCUCCUUUUUCAUCAAGAGAAUCCCAAUCGGAUAGAUUUUUCCCCGGUCGAGGAGGUAGAGAUGGAAGAGGGGGGUCGUUUAUGGAUAGAGACAAAAGGCCUGGCGAAUUCCCAGAAAAAGACGGUCCACUAUUAAGUUUACCUAGACCAGACAGAGAUGGUAAAAGUUCUGAGGGUCUUCUAGGUAGAGCUCCGUCCAAAGUGGGCUCUGAGCAAACGAUACCGCCAAUAAAUCCUGCCUUGAUCGGCCCAAAUAAGGACCCUAAGCCCUGGUCAAGGGAACCGGAUGCUCCUCUAGACAGGAAUUUGCCAAGCGUAGGCAGGCCCCCAUUCAUUCAGGAUAAGAGCCAAAUGCCACCGGAGAAGCGGUUUCCUAAUGAUCCCACACCCUUUAAAGGACCGAAAGAUUUGCCUCCACCGUCAUCGGGAAGAGGCAUUCUGGGCCCUUGUCCAGAGGCGAUGCUAAAAAACAUCGCACCAGAACGCAGAGACCAGGACUACAGAGAUAUCGACUACAGAACUGGCUCUGGCCGACCCUACGACUACAAUGUCUCUGCCCUUCCCGGACCUGAUAAGGACAGAAAAGAACCCAGACAGACUCCACCUCAGAGAGGCAACAAUGCAGGAUCCAAGGAUCAGGAUUACAGGAGUGCGUCUGUAAAUGACAAGGUUUCCCACACACUCUGCAUCUCUGGAAUUCCCAAGACUGCUACAAUGGAGCAGAUUCUUGGUGCAUUUGCUGUCCGUGAUGGGGUUCCAAUGCAAGGCAUGAAGAUCAAGAAUGUUGUUCCAGGUUACAGCUUCGAUAUGGCCUAUGUGGAGUUUUUAAACCUCGAGGAUGCCGUAUACUUCAUGGAGUCGAACCAGGGCUCCUUGAAGGUUGGCGUUACAACGGUCCUGAUGAAAUAUGUCCUGCCUGACCCUCGAAGUGCAGAGAACAAGUCCCAGGAGCCGCCUCGGAAGCCACCAUUGAUCGCAGAAAAGCCGGAACUCCCAGGCCGUCCCCCGCUUCAACCAACACCUCCAAAGCCCACCAUCACCCCUGCCGCCCCUGUUAAGAGCGAGCCCCCACUCCAGUUCCAGCCGAAGCCCCAUCUUCAGCUUCCACCCCACCCGCUGCCUCCUCCUCCUCCUCCCCCUCCGUCUGAUCCGGGCCCCAAGGGGGCGUGGCAGCGUAACUCCGACCUGACGCCGGAGGCCUGGCAGCAGCAGGUGGACCAGCAGCAGGAGGCAGAGCAGAAGGCAGAGGCAUGGGCCAAUCGGAAUGCGUCACGCCAGCAUGGUGGCCCACGCGACGGCGACCCUGUCUUCAAAGAGAGCAAGACAAUGAUCAUCAAGAACCUGAAGAACACCACCACCGUGGAGAUGAUCCUGAAGGCGCUGGACCCCUUCGCCUACCUGGACGAGAGGAACGUUCGCCUGGUCCGCAGCAAACCGCACGGCGGCAACAAAUGCUUCUGCUUUGUAGACAUGGACUCUCAUGAGCAAGUCUCCCGUCUCGUGGACGUGUUGAGUAGAGCGCGACCCAUCAUGGUGGACGGAGUCCGGAUAUAUGCAGAGAUUGCCAAACCACUCAAGAACCAGAACAGUUACAACAAAAGAGAGUUUGACAAAGCUGGCAACUCUAUUCUGGGCUAUCCUCCGGAUAUGAUGGAGCAACAGCAACAGCAGCAGCAGCAACAGCACAUGCAUUCGCAGCAACAGUUUUAUCAAAACCAGAACCAGCCUCUCUACGGCCCUGGGGCUUCUGAUCAUGGACAUGGACUCCAAGGGGACAUGAGCUUAGCGGGAAGCAGAGACGGUGCACAGAUGGGUGCCAACACUAUGCUACAGCACGGUAUGGGCUACCCGGACGCCUCUGCUACAGACAUGUCUUACCAGGGUGCCAACAUGGCGGGUAGCGCUGCUAUGGUUGGUCCUGCCCCACAAGAACCCUCCGCUCAGCACGCAGACCCCUACAUCUAUGGCUCGGACACUCCGGAUCUGUCGGCCUACCUAUAUGAUGCUACGUCUGGCUUCUACUACGACCCGCAGACCACACUCUACUACGACCCAACAUCCAGGUACUUCUACAAUGCGGAGACACAGCAGUACCUCUACUGGGACCACGCCUCCAAGACUUACAUCCCCGUAACCGGCCCUAGCACGGAGGAUCACACCAUUAGCAGUAGCAGCAGCAACCCAAUGCCCCCCAUGCACACUGAUGUCACCAUCCCAGCUGCCACAAUCAUUAACUCUGCCCCUGACCCUGCUGCCCAACUCUCAGCUGUCCCCCUUGGACCUGCUCCUAUGGUCCAUGCUGCUCCGGUGGUCCAUGCUGCCCCUAUGGCUCAUGCUGCCCCUAUGGUCAAUACAGCCCCUGUCGUCACUGCCCCUUCUACUAUGUCCAUCAAUGCUACUAUGUCCAUCGCCACUGCCCCUUCUACUAUGUCCAUCAAUGCUGCUGUGGCUCCUGCUCCUCCACCUCCUCCUUCUCCCGUUGCGGCUGCUGCUCCUCCGGCUCCUGUGGCGGCUGUCGUCCCUGCCGCUCCUCAGCCCCCAGUAGAUGAGAGUGCCACAAAGGCUCUGGUGGAUGGGGCGGACAAGAGCGGGGACGCGGACGCUGCUAAGAAGGACAAAGAGGAGAAGCCGCGUAGCCUGGCUGCCUUUAAGAUCAUGAAAGACAUGGAGCGCUGGGCGAAGAUCCAGAAUCGUCAGAAGGACAGCGUGCGCUCGCCAUCUCCUGUUCUGAAAGUCGGCUCUGCUGAUGAGAGGUCCUCCAAAGCAGCCGAUGCGGCAUUCGCCAUCUUCCAAAAUAAGACCGGUGGAGAUGAUCUCUUCAAGAAGCCCCUAGCACCACCCAGCAAGAAGGAGUCUAAGCGCCCCAUGGGCUCUCUGGGCCUGCUGGCCAACGACUACGCUGCCACAGGAAGUGACGACGAGGAAGAGGUGGAGGACAAACACGAGCAGCCGUCGGGCUCUAGGGGCCCGGGGGACGAGGAGAGGGACAAGCUGACCGACUGGAAGAAGAUGGCCUGUCUGCUCUGCAGGAGGCAGUUCCCCACUAAAGACGCCCUCAUCCGCCAUCAGCAGCUCUCAGACCUGCACAAGCAAAACAUGGAGAUUCACCUAAAGAUCAAGAAGUCCAAGAAAGAGCUUGAAGCCCUGGAGAACCAGGAGAAAGAGAUUUCAAAAGAUAAUAUACAGCAACUGAAUGCCAGAGGUUCUACUGCCUCCCCGGAGACCAAGAGGAGGAAGUACCAGCACCAACAGAACUGGGCCGGUGGAUCCAGGGGAGGACACAAAGGCAGUGACAGACCUGGCCUGGGUUCAGAACCACCACCAGAGAGGAAGAAGAAGGAGCCUGGAGCAGCGUGGGACCACUCCACAUACAAGCAGGCGGUGCGCAAGGCCAUGUUCGCCCGCUUCAAGGAGCUCGACUGACCUGACCACUUGGCCAGCAGCAGAAUGAGUUGAGUUGUGAAUGAGUCAGGCUGAAACCAACCAAGAGGAACACAGAAAGGGGAGGGGGUUUCCCCCCCACAGAAGAAAAGCAGUGUGUUCACAGUGAAUCCAGACUGCUCCCCAAACAUCUCUUGUGACGGACUCUUAAAGAUACUGACUGUAUGUGUGUGUGUGCGCGAGAGAAUGUGUGUGUGUGCGCGCUAUAGAAUGUGUGUGUUCGAGAGAGAUUAUGUGUGUGCAUGAGAGAAUGUGUGCAUGUAUGCUUGAGGGUGCAUGGAGCUGGUAGUUGAAUCACCACCACUAGAAAAAAAACAAGCAUCCCCGUUUGUGCUCCUGGAUCUCCGUAUUUGGGACUUUUUUUCUUUUUUUAAGAAAUGAUUUUUUUAACGUUUUACUUAAUUUGGAAUUUGUACCCUAAGUUAACUUCAACUCCCUUUUUAACGUAUUGUAAUAAUGUGACCCAAAUGAGGCAUUGUCAAGUUCACUCCUUACUGUAUGUGAAACACAAUUAUUGUACAGUGACAAUAAAUGUCAAGAAUAUGUACUGAA